AUGGGGGUCUCUCACUUAGGGCAUGCCCGCCCCGGGGCUGGGAUCGCUGUGCGGGACCGGGUGCGGGUCGGGGGCCGCGGGUCGGAGUGCGGGGCUGAGAUCGCCGUGCGGGACCGGUUCCGGCCGCGAUUACCGGCAGCGGUGCGGGGGAGCCCCGGCGCUGCUUCACUGCCCCCUUGGGCCGUCACCGCGAGCGGCGGCGUCCUGCCAGGCCCGUGCCCAGGCCGCGGCCCCACCGCAUCGAGCCGGGCGGGCUCCACCGCAGCCCCGGGGCCGCCCCCGCUCCCGGAGCCCGGUUACAAAACCGGGCGGUGCGGGAGGGGCGGCUGCGCCCUAGGCGGGGAUCGCGCACUCGGCGGUGCGGUACCGGCACCGGUACCCGUGCGGGCUCGCUGCCGGUGCCGCAGCCUGGCAGGCGGCGGUGCCCAAGCGGUUCCGCCGCUGUUCCGGUGCCGCAGCGGCCCCGGCCCGGCCAACGGGCAGCGCCGGCCGGUGGCGCAACCACGGCGGCCGCGUGACGGCCCCGCGCCCCGGGCGGGCGGGCGGCGGGACGGGGGGGGCCCGGCCCUGCGGCGCCGCGGGGGCGGCACCGACACCGACACCGGGCGGGGGGCGCAUUUCGGGCCUCGGCAUUCCUGGGGUGUGUGGGGCACCGGAGACUCCCUGAACGGGGUCAGGGGCCGCGGCGCGCACCCCACAUGGAGGCACGGGGGGCACCCCGAGCAGGGCCAUGGGGUGCGGGCGCUGUGGGCUCGCAGGCACCGCGUGCGGGGGGCGCGGGGGAGCCGGCAGUGCGGCGUGCGGGGGGCGCAGGGAUGCCCACAGCCCAGCGGGCGGGCUUGCGGGGGUGCAGGUGCUCCCGCAUCACGGGUUGCGGGGGUGCCGCCGCCCCCCCGGUUCUCUCCGAGUCCCGUAAGCCGCUUUGCCCUGACGCUCGGUAAAGCCCCGGCGCGGCCUAUUUACGGCAGCAGCGAGCCUAAUCCCCGAGCGCUGCCGCGGGGGGAGCGGCCCGGAGACCCCCGCCGUGCCCGCGGCCGCGGGGUCCCGCUCGGCCCCGCUACCCUCGCCCCGCUACCCCCCCCGCCUCGCACCGAACCCGUGCGCUGCGGACUGCGGCAGCGGGAAGCGGCGGAGGGAACCGUGCUCGGGGGCUCCUCCGGAGCCUCCGCACCCUCCGCUCGCCGCCGUCCCGUGUCCCCCGGUCACCCGUGGGGACGGUCACGCGCCCGCAGUGACACGCGAGGGGCGGCCACGUGUCCCCGUGUCACUCCUGGGGAUGGCCCGUACGCCUACGUCAUUCUCAUGUACUUCUUCCCCGGUCCCCCUCUGCAGGACGGCCCCGCGUCCCCGUGUCCUGCGUGGGGGCUGUCCCGUGUCCCCACCCCGGUCCCGCCCCCCGCCCUUCCCCUUCCCGUUUUGGUCCCGUUUCGGUUUCUGUUCUCGGCCGGGGCGGAGCCUCGCAGCGUCCGGAUGGCCGGAGGGGUGCUGGAGGUGCGGGGGGUGCCCCCCGACGCCCCCGAGGAGCUGCUGGUGCUGUACUUCGAGAGCCGGCGGCGCUCGGGCGGGGGGCCCGUGCAGAGCUGCCAGCGCCUCGGGCCCCUCCUCUUCCUCACCUUCGAAGACCCCCAGGAUGCACAGAACGUGUUGGCCCACGGCAGCCACAGGCUCGGGGGGGCCGAGCUGGGGGUGCGUCCGGCCCCCCCCUGGGACCCCUCCCACCUGCUACUGCGGGGUCUGGAGCCCGGGACCCCCCCCGAGCACCUGGGGACCCUGCUGGGGGUGUCCCCUGGCACUGUCACCCUGUGCCAGGGCUCGGUGCCCGGCUGGAGCCUGCUGCGCCUGCAGGAGCCUCUGAGCCCCCCAGAGUUGGCAUCGGCGGAGCAGCAGGCACGGCGGCGGGGACUGGCAUUGCUGCGGGUACCACGGAGCCCCGCAGUGCGGGUGAGGGCACUGGGGACGGCGCUGGGCCGGGACCUGCUCGAGCUCUACUUUGAGAACCGGCGCAGUGGCGGCGGCCAUGUCAUCGACGUGCGGGUGCUGCCAGGGGGGCACGGGGCCAUCGUCACCUUCCAGGAGCCAGCAGCCGCGGAGCGGGUGCUGCAGAGGCCACACCGGCUGCAGGACACGGUGCUGGAGCUCACCCCCCACUUUCCCUUCCUGGAGCUGCUGGAGGAGAACACGGACGUGCCCCCGGAUGCUGUCCCUGCUCCGGACAGAGCCUCUCCUCCUGACACGGAGCCCCUGCUGGUCAGGGAGCCCUUGCUGGACACAGAUUGCCCGCCGGACUCAGUGCCAACCUCAGACCCUGCUGUGGCACACACGAACCCCACACCGGACACGGCGCCAGCGCCAGCAGUGCCAACAUCACACCCGGGGCCCGGGCAGCCCCCAAACACCUUCCCCAGCAGGGACACGGACAAAGAGGGGCUCAGGGCCAUGCCCAGCCAGGCCAAGCCCCCCAGGCCCGUGUCGGUGGUGGUGCCAGAGCCGGUGUCAGCAGUGUCGGUGCAGGACGAGGCGCUGGUGCCAGUGGAGCCGGGAGCCGUGCGCUACCUGCAGCAGCACUACCAGGACGUGCUCAGCAGCGUCCCCGAAGUGUCCCUGCUGCCACUGGAGGGGGGGGACAUCUCUGGCUUCCGGGUGAGCGGGGAGCUUGGCCGGUGCCAGGCCAUGGCGGAUUUCCUGCAGAGCCUGCUGGACUCUGUGGCCUCGCACUCCACCACCCUGCACUUCCCGGGUGUUGCCCGCUUCCUGCGGGACCUGGCUGGGCAGAGCCUCCUGCAGCAGCUGGAGAGCCGCUUCCAGUGCGUCAUCCAGCUGGAGGGUGAACCCUGGAGCCCUCCAGAUACCCAGCUGGAGUUGGAGGAACUGCUGCCCCCAAGCAGGGAGCCCCGGCCACGCUCCUGGCACCAGGACCUGCCUGAGGGCCACAAUGCCGCUGCUGAUGGCGAUGGGGAUGGUGGUGACCACGGCUUCCAUUCCAGUGCAGAGGAGAUCAAGGAGUUGCUGGCAGCGCUGCGCCCGAGCGACGCCGACAGCCGUGGCAGCCCCGACCCGUGGCCUUACACCCUCCCUGGUGACGAGUGGGACCCCAACGCCGCGUUCAUCUGUGCAGCCGGUGGCGAUGGUGCCAAGGAGCUGCUGUCAGACACUGGGGUGGAGGAGGAGGAGGAGGAGGUGCAGAUGGCCCUGGCCAUCCAGUACUCCAUGGACCACGCGAGGCACGAGCAGGAGGAGCUGGCGCGCGCCACCGCUCUGUCCCUGAGCUCCUACAGCCGUGAGCAGGAGCAGGAGCAGGCCCAGGAGGAUGCCAGGCUGCUGGCCGCACGGGAGGCCUCGCUGGAGGAGGCGCUGCUGGCAGCGGACACGGCACGGGUGACGGUGUUCUGCUCCUCCGAGCGGGACGCCUCAGCGGCAGCGCGGGAGCUGGAGCGGGCGCUGGCGGGGCGGCUGCGGGCGCAGGACGUGGUGAGCGAGCGGCUGCGGGCACUGCCAGCUGCCAGGCGCUGCGCGCUGGUGCUGCUGCGGUGCCGGCACACUGUGCAGCUCAGUCUGCGCGGUGACACCGCCACGCUGCGCGGUUUCGCCGACUACACGGCCCUGGCUGCCCAAGAGCUCGCCUUGCUGCUCCACCGCCUGCCACCGCCGGGGCAUGGUGCCACCGCUGCCACUGCUGCCACCGCUGACCCCACUGCCACCGCUGCCACUGCUACCACCGCUGCCACCGCGCACUGGGUGCGCUGGGACCCCUCUGGCACUGCUGUCCCCUAUGCCCCCGAGGCAGCGGCGCUGCUGGAGCAGGCCUGGUCGCGUCAGGAGCGCCGGCUGGAUCUGGUGCUGGAUGGGCGGCCCUUCACCGUGGAUUUGGAGCGCAUGGAGGAGUUCGACUUCGGCAGCGCCAGCGCCGUGCCCGUCUGCCGCAGCCAGCCCCCGCUGGACAGCGCCUUCUUCCUGCUCGGGCCAGAGGUGGCUGGGCUGGAGGAGGAGGUGCGGCUGAUGGCGCUGGCUGAGGACUCGGAGGAGUUCGCUGACACGGUGCGCCACUUCUGCAGCACUCUGGAGGAGCUGCACAGCCAGAUCAGCAUCGUGCAGGUGCAGAAGCUGAUUCAUCCAGUGCUGUACAAGCAGUACCAGCUGAAGAAGGGCAGCGUGAAGCGGGCCUGUGCCGCCGGCACCGCCGUGGAGCGCGUCCUCUUCCAUGGCACCACCAAGGCCUCCAGCUGCGAGAUCUGCCUGCACGGCUUCAACCGCAGCUUCUGCGGGAAGAACGCCACGCUCUACGGCCGCGGCGUUUACUUCGCGGUGCGCGCGGCGAUCUCGGCGCGGGACCGCUACUCCCCCCCCAGCGCCGACGGGACCAAGUUCAUCUUCAUGGCCAAGGUGCUGACCGGGGAGUUCACGGCCGGGCGGCGGGGGCUGCGGGCACCCCCUCCGCGCGAGGGCUCCGGGGCGCCCCAGCGCUACCACAGCGUGGUGGAUGACCCGCGGCAGCCCGACAUCUUCGUCAUCUUCAACGACACCCAGGCCUACCCGCAGUACCUCAUCACCUGCCGCAGCCGCCACGGGGGCCCCCUCUGAGCCCCCCGGCAGGGGCUCUGCUGCAA